AUGGCCAGAGACGAACGAGACGUAGACAAGAAGCUGGACAAGGCCUUGUUGGCUUGCCUGCCUAAAGAUGGGAAUGUCAUCUCGUGCGUCCCUUUGGGUCUGAGCGACUACUGCGACACGUUGAAGAUCGGUGUCCAAGUCCCAGACGGCAGCAUCCAGCAAUUUUUUGCCAAGAUAUCCAGAGGUCAGGCUGGCUACGACUUGUUGCUGGGAACAAAUGCGUCAGAGAGUAGCCUGCACUCAUUCAUACCGGAACACGUUCCUCGCCCCCUCGGCUUCAGCACCUACGAGUCGGAUCCCAACCGUCACUUCUUUCUUAUGGAGUGGGUGGACAUGCGAGACGACGACCUCCCCGAGCCCGAGGCCUACAUGGCGCCGGUUGUGGCUCUCCACUCGAGAAGCAUUGGCAUGUCUCCCACAGGCAAGUUCGGAUUCGGAGUGAACACUGCCUUUGGCAACCUACCACAGGUCAAUAAGUGGGAAGAUUCAUGGGAAAAGUGGUGGACCGACUACAUGACCAUGAUUCUGAAUCGUGAAGAAUCUCUACGAGGACCUCACACACCAGAGGACAAGGAACUCAAGGAUCAAUUUCUUACCAAGGUGCUACCCCGGUAUCUGCGCCCGCUUGAGUCCAAUGGGCGCUCGAUUAAGCCCUGCUUGCUGCAUGCAGACCUCUGGCCUGGAAAUAUCAAGUAUCAGCUGGAAAACGAGACGGCCAUUGUAUACGACUCGAGUGGACUUUGGGGUCACAACGAAGUCGACCUUGGUGUCAUCCGGAACCCUAGAUACCCUCUCGGAUGUCCAUAUCUCAAGGAGUACUGGAAGCACAUCCCCAUUUCGGAGCCGCAGGAAGACGCCGACAGCAGGAAUAUCAUGUACCUUGUGCGGAACCAGGCUCUUCUCGCCAGUCUUUAUCCAGAAGACCAUUCACUUCGAAACAGCUUUGUCAAGACAAUGAGGGUUGUUGUAGACAGGGUCCUUGAAGAAGAAGCGCGUGGAGGAGCGAACGGUAGCUCGGUCCCUGACGGCUCUCGAAAUCCAGCCUUUGUGGAGUUGGAGAAGAAUGGCGUGUCGCAGCCGCGCGUGGCUCAACUUGAGACAGGAGGGAUGAACUCUACCGAUUGA